AUACUUUUGAACAAAGGAAAUAAUAAAAUCACUAAACAAUCAAAGUGGAGAGAAAGCUACGUAUUGCACAUUAUUAGAUCAAUUUGAGCUCGGAUCGGAAAAUGGCAACAACUGUCAUGACUUCUCUCCCACAAUACAGUGGGCUAAGACCCAAAAUUUCAGUGGCUCCUGUCCGAAGCCUGGUAGCAAUUCAAACAAUGAGGCGUAAGGGAAAGGGAGCUUUGGGUGCUCGAUGCGAUUUCAUUGGCUCACCCACUAAUUUGAUAAUUGUGUUAUCAACAAGCCUGAUGCUAUUUGCGGGAAGGUUUGGGUUGGCACCAUCGGCAAACAGGAAGGCCACGGCAGGACUAAAGCUUGAAGUAAGGGACUCUGGGCUGCAGACGGGUGAUCCAGCUGGAUUCACUCUUGCAGAUACCCUUGCAUGUGGAACUGUUGGUCAUAUUAUUGGGGUUGGGGUCGUUCUUGGCCUUAAGAACAUGGGUGCCCUGUAAAAAAAAAAAUUAUCUUCUUCUCUUCUUAAUUUUUUUGACUCUCUAAUUUGUGUUGCCCUGUUUUUUUGUUAAUUUAUAACGGGUAUUUGGUUUGAUAA